GAUACAUCAUGUCUGCUUCAGUGCUUCAAGUAGCCACAUGCGCCAUGUUGCUCACAGUUUCAGGGGUUUGGGGAGCACCGUUUUCUUCCGAAGAAGAAGCCAAUCAAUUUUUACAACUUAAGAGACGAGUGCCCUAUUCUCUGAGCUACUGGGACCCAAGCAGCAGCCAGAAUGCCUGGAGCUUCACUGUGGCAGAAAAGGCUAGUGAAACCUGGACUGCCCUGAGGACAACUGCACAGUAUUACAUGGACUUGGGAUCAUAUGCAUUUUAUCCAGAUACAGCAAGGGACCAGAUUCAGUCUUAUGUGGAAAUGUUACAGCAGUCUGGGGCUCAUUUCCAGCAGCAGAUGAGCCAAAGCGAUUAAACAGGCAGCUGCCAACAGACCUGUACUGAACAGC